AUGCAAAAGCCUGAAGUUGGGAUUUUGCAAGUGACAAAAAUACCCCAAUUACCUGAGCCAUCAAUGCACUUGAAGCAGGUAUUGGACGAGUUACAUACUGGCGCUCCUCUGAAAUUAAGGUUGCAAGUUGAAAAAGUACUGAAGCAGAAAAGAAGAAAAAGAAAGGGGUCCCAGAGACGCUCUAUAAACGGUUUCAUUGCCUUUCGCACCUAUUAUUCAAAAUGGCUAAGAAAUGCUACGUUGCAACAAGAGCUUUCAUGUCAAUUAGGAAAAGUAUGGGAAAAUGAACCGAGCCGCGAAAUAUGGGAAUGCUACGCUUACCAAUAUAAUGAAACUGGUGGAGACGAAAGUUUCAUAGACUGGCUUUAUAUAAAGCUAGGAUUAAUAACAGCUGAAAAAAAAUCUACGAGAAGCCAAGCAUGCAAAAGUUAUAUAUUUAAGAAUGUGGAGGAUGUCUUUGUUGACUAA